GCGAAUUCCAUUCCCAUUAAUUCGCUACGAGAAUGAUGAUACACUUUCCCAGUACCCCCAUCAGAAUGUAAUACAAAUACUAUUCUACAUGUUGUUUCAAUAGCCUACCAUAUUUCAUGGCCCUGUAAGCAGAAACACCUGGAUACGCUUGAAUAAUGCGCACACCUCAUCCAGUGCUAGACAUACAGUAAGCAUCAAAUGAAUUUAGUAACAUCGUGUUACAGGUUUCGAGUCUGCCGUUCCACCCCGAUCAUCUGGACUUCCAUCUACACGCAAAUUAUGAUCAUCACAGUGACUGGUGGAAAUCAAACGCCGAAGCAUUAGUGCAGGUUGAAACAGAAAAACACUUAUGUAUUCUGGCUGCUAAUUUAGCCGAGGUCGGUGGGUCAACUAGUUGUGCUCGGAGUCAUCGUACAACCAUUCGGAAGAAUGCUUCUGUUCAACCCAGACGUUCACUUACCAGCUGGACGAGCAGUUGUCGUGAGCAUUUAUCACAUGUCACCGAAACAAUAG